UCUGGCUGGUUAAGCGCCUCCUUUCCUCCAAAGGCAUUUCCUGCCGUCCGAGCUCCCAGAAUACACAGCUGUACGCCAGCGGUUAUGGCAUGCUAUGGACCGCUAUUUUAUCUCUCCAUCAUCUUCCAUCUCUUGAGGAUGCAGGUGUGCGCGGUUAACUUUAAACUUCCAACUGUAUCGCGUUUGGAAAACACCGUUUCGAGCGGCCUUUCCACAUUUUGAGACGGCAUAAUUCGCGAGCGUUACUUUGUUUCGGGACAAACACGAGCGUCUCGCAGUUCCAUUCCACGUAAUAGCCUUCAUGAUUGACGGUUGUUGAAGUGAUUGGAACCCAAUUAAACCCAAACCGACCCGUUCUCGAUCCGAAAUGAAGUCGUUCGGAUACGUCUAGAUCUUCUGCCACGUUUCUAUCUUCGAGGGCUGAAGUUGCGACUGCAACAGAGGUGGACAGACUGGCUGGCACAAUGAAAGAGGAGAACUUGUUCCGCAGACGGUUCUCUCUCUGUCCCACAGCCACGUCACCUCCCAAGAUCGACCCACGUGUACUGACCCGCAACCUUUCCUAUGGAGGAGAUCAUGAACUGUACCCACUCAGUCCAGGUAAUGAAACGGAGCGAAAUGGUUUGCCCUUACUGAGGGACGAGGUCAGUCCGGCCCGGUCGCCCAGCAGCGUGUCGGAAUCCAGGAUGUUUAUUGGUUUGGAGAAGGAGUCUUCCUCACCCACGGAGAAGCUGGCAAGGAAAGAAUCGCUUAAGGUUCAAAAAAAGAACUAUCGACAGGAAAAGAAGAGAGUCGCCAAUGAAUUGUUCAGUGCACUUAAGGAUCCAAGUGUGGUUAUUAUGUCCAACUGGCUAAAGAUUCGGGGAACAUUGAAGAGCUGGACGAAAUUAUGGUGCGUCCUGAAGCCUGGCAUUCUCCUGAUUUACAAGACGCCUGGUUCAGAACACUGGGUGGGAACUAUUCUUCUCAACGCCUGUAAACUCAUCGAAAGGCCCUCAAAGAAGGACGGAUUCUGUUUCAAAGUCUACCAUCCGCUGGAUAAGUCCAUAUGGGCCAUGAAGGGUCCUAAAGGAGAAUCUGUUGGUUCCAUCACACAACCCUUGCCUAGUAAUUACCUGAUCUUCAGGGCAGCAUCUGAAUCCGAUGGACGCUGUUGGAUGGACGCUCUAGAACUGGCUCUCAGCUGCUCCAGCCUGUCGAAGAUGACGGCAAAGAGCUGCAGGGAUGGAGAUCUGAGCAGCUCCUCUGAGUCCUCACAUAUACUGCAGCUGCUGCAGUGCACGGCUCUCACAGACCAGGACCUCGUGCAGUUGAAUGACUCCAUGUUGGAAAACCAUAUGGAGAACGAUGCCAACUCGGACAAAUCAGAGAGGGAGACGCAUGAAGACUCAGACAAUGCGGCCAAUGAGAAUGGAGGCAGAUUGACCGAGGAGAGUGAUAUGGACCAAUCGGAUGAUGUGUGUCUCCAGGCAACAGCAUUUGUUGAAGAAGCCUAUGAAGAGAUGGGAGAGGCUGGUGAGGCGUCCCAGGUCGAGACAGUCUCAGAUGAGAAUAAGGGUUUAAUCUGGACUCUCCUGAAGCAGCUGAGGCCAGGGAUGGACCUGUCUAAAGUGGUUUUACCAACGUUUAUCCUGGAGCCACGUUCAUUUCUGGACAAGCUGUCAGAUUACUAUUACCAUGCUGACCUGCUGUCCCAGGCUGUGACGGAGGAGAGCCCAUACUGCAGGAUGAAGCAGGUCUUGCGCUGGUAUCUGUCAGGAUUCUACAAGAAACCAAAGGGUCUGAAGAAACCAUACAACCCUAUUCUAGGAGAAAUGUUUCGAUGCUGUUGGCUGCAUCCACAAACAGACAGCUGUACAUUUUACAUAGCAGAGCAGGUUUCUCAUCACCCUCCUGUUUCAGCCUUCUACAUCAGCAAUAAGAAAGAUGGAUUCUGCAUUAGUGGAAGCAUUCUGGCCAAAUCCAAAUUUUAUGGGAACUCGCUGUCUGCGAUACUAGAUGGAAAGGCCAGGCUCUUGCUUUUGCCCCGAGAUGAAGAGUAUAUCAUCACAAUGCCGUACGCUCACUGUAAAGGUAUUCUGUAUGGUACAAUGACUUUGGAGCUUGGCGGGAAAAUCACAAUUGAGUGUGAAAAAACACAAUGUUAUACAGAACUUGAAUUCAAAUUGAAGCCUUUUCUUGGCAGCUCUUGCAAUGUUAACCAGAUUUCUGGAAAGAUACGUAUGGGGGAAGACAUUCUGUCUACCGUAGAUGGGCACUGGGAUAGUAAAGUGCACCUGAUUGAGAAGAAGACGGGCCACCAGGAGGUGCUGUGGAACCCCAGUCCAGACAUACGCAGACAGAGGCUGAAGAGACAGGUGGUGCAGAUGGACCAGCAGGAGGCGUUCGAGUCUCAGAGGCUGUGGCAGCAUGUGACCAGAGCGAUUACAGAUAAAGACCAGAACAGUGCCACCCAGGAGAAAUUUGUGCUGGAAGAGGCUCAGCGGCAGGAAGCCAGAGAGAGAGGCGAGCGACCCUGGAGCCCACGUCUCUUCAUUCUCAAUACCGACACUAAUGAGUGGCACUACAAAUAUGCCGACACUAAGCCGUGGGAUCCGGACCGCUGUCUGGUACAGUUUGAGAAAGACGGCAUCAUCCAGACAAAAGAGAAAUCCCAACGCCAACGCAACAGUUUCUCCUACAGCCAGAACUGGGCUGGACAGCAGAAGCUGCGGGUGAAUGGCAAACACAGGAAGUCAAGCAGCCAGCCGUCCAGCUGCAGCCAGAACACGGAGAGCAGCAGUACCACACCAGAACCCAAUCAUGAGUCAUCCGACAAUGAAGGCUUUAUGAGAGAGUGUGCGAGAUGCACUAAAGAAGUGAAGGACAUCGCCCUCAUAGAGGCCUCGGUAGCAGCUAUACAGAAAACACAGCAAGACAUACAGAGAAACCUGAGUGCACUGGGUCGUCAGAUAGCGCGACACAAGACAUCGGAGGAGAACAAGUCCUUGAACAGUCGCCACUGUCUCAUCCUGUGCAUGCUGUUGCUCUUUCAGCUGCUCAUCAACUACGUCUUCACUUGAGAUGCCGUCACCUAGCGACCAUCGCCUAGCAAUUGUUGCCUAGCAAUAAACACAGCCAAACUAUCACCGUCACACAGCCCCUUGAAUGCCCCACCAUGAUGUUGCUACCAACCGUAGCCCACCAUCAAGCACUAAGCACUUCAACUAGAGAGAAAGAGACUCUUGUUUUAAUUCAUAUGACAGAUAAUCAUUUCAGAGUGGAUGUAAAAUGCUGUACUGCCACUCUUGUUAAUUGAUGUGUUCCCUCUUCCCUACGUACUUCCGUUUCUCUGCAAUAUUGGUCAUCUAUUUGUGUCAUAUUUGAAUGCAGUUGAAUGGGUUUGUGUGUCUGUGUGUGCGUAACUCACAAAAUCCUCUUCCAUUUAUACACCGGGCCUUAAUACUGAUGCCAAAAAAAGGGGAAAAAAAGAACCGAAAAGUCAGUGAAGUCCGCCAGUGCAAUUCUUUAUGCUUUCAACCACACGAAUUUGCUCAUUUUAUUAUUUUACCAAAACAGUGUUUCUGUAUAGAACAAUACAAAGAAGAGUACAUUGUUUACAAACUUGAUUGUACACUACACAAAGGAAAACAAUGCUCUGACACCAAAUGCGUAGUGUAGAUUUAGAUGAAGUUAACAGAAUUGGCGGUAGCACUAUGAUAACAGAACAAACAAUCAGCCAUAAGACUGAGAUAUUCAUAUUCAUUACUGUUUGUUAGGCAUUGGGUAGGUCAGUCACAAUAGAGACACGUGAGGCCUUCUGGGAAGUUCCAGUUCAUUGAUGUUGCUCCGAUGAAGUGCGACAACGAAGGCGUAACUGGGUAAUCAAAAGUGUAUAUAUUUGUUUGAAACAUUUGAGAAUGUAUUUAUUUGAUCAUUUCACUUGAUUUGUUUUAUAUAUAAUCAUACUGUUUUUAAGAACACGUUCAUUCAGGUUUUCUGGGAGCAAGUACAGUCGAGCAUCAAAUUACUUGAGUUUUUUGUUGUGUUGUAAAGUUUGAGUGAGUCCUUAGUGGGGAACUGUUAAGGUCAAAGUACAAAACUUCCAAUGCAGGAUUCAUAUAGGAAAUUUGUGCUUGAAUGAUGCUUGUGCCCUUGAGCCAUAGUUCAACCCAUUGAAAUUUAAAUAUAAUUUUUCAUUUACUUUUUCCUUUUUUACAGAGCACUCAGUACAAUGUUAUCUUGCCUGAAUGAAGUGAAUGGCUCACUGUUUGUUAAUGAUUGUUGCAAUUACAGCACCACAGUAAAGUUUUACAUUUCGA